UUUUAUGGAUAAAUCCGCGGUCACACUCUUGUUAUUUAACCAGCUUGAAUUUUCCCGAAUAAAAUAAAUAAAAAACUAUGCAAAAUUGUAUUAAACUAGUAGUGCCAGUGGCACUCAAGUGCCCGCAGAGAUCCAUCUGCACGACUGCUGUCCUGGAUGGCAAGCGCAACUUUCGCAAAUUUAACGUGCACGGCAAGCGUGGAACCCGUGUGGUGAAGGAGGCCCAGAGGACGAUGGCCAAUCCCCCGGUGCCUAUUGACAAGCGGGGGGUGCGCGACACGGGCGUUUUGGUUAAUGGAAAAUUUGUGGAGGUACCCGAGAAGAUUCCCGACAUUGUUGUGCCCGAUCUGACCGACUGCAAACUGAAGCCAUAUGUGUCCUACAAAGCACCGGACGUAGUGCAAUCAGAAUUCACCAGCCUGGACUUGUUCAACGCCGUCUAUUCGAAGAAGAUUAUUGAAGACUUUAAGGCGGGCAGCCUCCAGGCAGAUGGCAGUGCCAAGGAACCAUCGGCCGACGAGCAACUCACUUCAUCAGAGGCAUUUCUGCGUGCGCGACGAACAGGCAGCGAUAUAUUCUAGGCAUAAGUUUUAUGUUUCUUAAAUACAGUUUGUAAAUUC